UCCAGGAGAGCCCGGGGGGCUGUCCUGUGAGGAGAGAACCCAGCACGUCCACCACGGUCCAGCCUGUGUGGCUGCUUUCCUGGACUGCUGCCAUCUGUCUGAGACCCUGAGGCGGGAGGCCCGAGAGAAUCAGCUGCUUCUGGGAACAAGUGAGUGGGCCGUGGCAGGAGAUGCAGGGUGGGAGUUUCGUGGGGGAUAUAGAGUGACACAGGACAGGCUAAGGGGUGAUAUGGGCUAUGGGGGAUUGGAGAAGAGGACUCCACUACGAUUCUGGUGGAACACGGAAGGAACAUGAAGGAGACUCCGCCUCACACCUGCUCCCUGCAGCAGAUGAAGAGGAGGACUUGGAUGGUCUCUUUGAGGAUGACAUGCGUGUACGGACCCUGUUCCCCGAGAGCUGGCUCUGGAGGAAGUUCACUCUGCCAAAGAGUGACUUGGGCAUCUCCCACUACCCCAUCUCCGUGAACAUGCUGGAUUCCAUCACCACAUGGCAGUUUGUGGCGGUCAGCCUCAAGGCUGGUCAAGGUCCCUGUGUCUCAGACCCCUCUGAGCUGACAGUUAUGAAAUCCUUCUUUGUGGACCUUAAGUUGCCCCACUCGGUGAUCAGGAACGAACAGGUGCAGAUCCAAGCCGUGUUGCACAAUUUCAGGAAUCGUCAGGCCAAGGUGAAGCUGGAAUUUCCCCACAAAGAGCCGCUGUGCAGCGUGUCAAAGCCAGGAGCACCAUCCUGCCAGGCAGGAGGUCAGAUUCAGCAAAUGUCCCGUAGCAUCCUCCUGAACCCCUAAGGUCGGAUCCAGACAGAACUGGUGCCAAGACAGGAGUUCUUGAACAUGGUACCCGACAUGCAGGCAGAAGUGUUUAUCAGCGUUCAAGGGUACACCCAGCUGCUGACCCACCGGAGUUCAGACGGCACCUACCACACCUCCAAGGGGAACCCAGGAAGCACCUGGCUUACAAACUGUGUGUUUCGCGUCUUUGCCCCGGCCUACCCUACGAUGAUGACCAGUGUGCUUGACCUGCCCUCUCUCUGUGCCAUGGCCAACUGGAUCAUCAUCAACAGGCAGGCGGAGGACGGGCACCUCCUGGAGAAGGGACCUGUGGUCAUGACAUCCAUGCAGGGUGGCUACCAAGGCUCCGAGGUGAACAUAUCCCUCACAGCUCUUGUCUUGAUAGCCCUGGAUGAGGGAAAGGAGUUGUGCAGCCAGGAGAUACCGAAUUUGAUGACCAGCAUCGAGCAAGCCCCUGGAUUCCUGGAGAGAAAACUCCCCGACAACAUUUGCCAGACAACAUUUGCCAUAGCCACAGUAUCCUACGCACUGGCGCUUGCCAACAGCCCCCGGGCCAACGACCACCUGGACAGCUUUGCCAGCCAUGGUGGGUGUGCCCUUCUUAGUCAACCUCAGUCGUGGAGUGAGGAGGGGGUGAUCUUAAACCCAGCAAGGUGUCACUCAUCACUUAAUGUUUCCUGA